CAACUUACUUUUUGUUUGGUAAAAGAAUAUUAUCAACAUAUCAUUGUUUCUAUAGUUCCUAAGGAAUCUAUAAAACCCCUUCCUUUGGAGACAAUUGGAUAUUCAAGGAAGGCGGAGAUAUAUUGACUGAGAAAGAGAUUCAUUAAUUCGGUAAUGGCAGCUUCAGGCACCGUGGCUUCUUUCAGAACCUCCGUUUCUUCCUCUCCCCAAUUGACCCAUUUGAGAUCCCCCUCCAAAGCUCUCAAAUUUACGCCUCUGCCAUCGUCUCGCUCAAGGCCAUCGUUCUCCGUCUCCUGCACCAUCGCCAAGGACCCGCCUGUUCUCAUGUCCGCCGGAUCUGACCCGUCUCUCUGGCAACGACCCGAUUCGUUCGGUCGGUUCGGGAAGUUUGGUGGCAAGUAUGUCCCUGAGACGCUCAUGCACGCUCUCUCCGAGCUCGAAACGGCGUUUCAUUCUCUCGCCACCGACGAUGAUUUCCAGAGAGAGUUAGCGGGGAUCUUGAAAGACUACGUGGGUAGAGAAAGCCCUCUGUAUUUCGCAGAGAGGCUUACUGAGCAUUACCGCCGCGAGAAUGGGGAAGGGCCGCUUAUAUACUUGAAGAGAGAAGACCUGAACCACACAGGAGCUCACAAGAUCAACAACGCCGUGGCUCAGGCUCUUCUCGCCAAGCGUUUGGGGAAGAAGAGGAUUAUCGCUGAGACCGGAGCUGGUCAGCACGGUGUGGCUACAGCUACGGUUUGUGCUCGUUUUGGUCUGGAGUGCAUUAUCUAUAUGGGUGCUCAAGAUAUGGAGAGACAAGCACUUAAUGUGUUCAGGAUGCGACUUCUUGGUGCCGAGGUGAGAGCAGUUCAUUCUGGAACAGCAACGUUGAAGGAUGCUACUUCAGAAGCGAUAAGGGAUUGGGUGACAAAUGUUGAGACUACUCAUUACAUAUUGGGAUCUGUGGCGGGUCCUCACCCUUACCCUAUGAUGGUCAGAGACUUUCACGCGGUGAUUGGUAAAGAAACGAGGAGACAAGCGUUGGAGAAAUGGGGAGGGAAGCCGGAUGUCUUGGUGGCUUGUGUUGGUGGGGGUUCAAACGCGAUGGGACUCUUCCAUGAGUUUGUGAAUGACACAGAGGUCCGGUUGAUCGGUGUUGAAGCUGCGGGAUUCGGAGUGGAUAGUGGUAAACACGCUGCUACGUUGACAAAGGGAGAUGUGGGUGUUCUACAUGGAGCUAUGAGUUACUUGCUGCAAGAUGAUGAUGGCCAAAUCAUUGAACCUCACUCCAUCAGUGCAGGAUUGGACUACCCUGGAGUUGGACCGGAGCACAGUUUCCUGAAAGAUAUGGGACGGGCUGAAUACUUUAGCGUAACGGACGAAGAAGCGUUGGAAGCGUUCAAGAGAGUAUCGCGGUUAGAGGGAAUCAUUCCAGCACUGGAGACCUCUCACGCACUAGCUCACCUCGAGAAGCUAUGUCCCACGUUACCGGACGGAAGCAGAGUCGUGUUGAACUUCAGCGGAAGAGGAGAUAAAGAUGUUCAGACGGUAGCUAAGUAUCUUGAAGUUUGAUAAAAAUAAAGACCCUUUUGUUUGUUUGUUUUUUUCUUUUAAGUUUAAGACAGUGAAAUCUUUUUUGUACUUGUAAUGUAUUUGUACUUCUAAACGGUCGGGACGUUUCCAAAAUAAUUGGAAACAGAAAAGGACUAAGAAGAGAACAAAGUUUGAAUAAACUGUUCUUUAGUUUGCUGCCA